AUAGACUUUAACAAAUGAAGUUACAUUUAGUUUUUAAACGACUUACGAUUUCCUAAUAAUCUUUUCUAUUAUGAUUGCGAAACUAUUUUCGUCUUGUCAUAGUAAUGCAACAAUUUCAAAACUGUAAAAUUUUGUUAUAAAGAUAUACUUAAAAAGUAUUUAAUAAAAAUAAAAAUAUUUACACUUUGUCCACUUUGUCACAUGUGACCAAAUACCAAAUUGUAAUCCAGAACUGUACAUUUUCGAACGCAUGAAAGUAUUGAACUCGUACAGUUUGAAAAAGUGCAAUAUUCGAUGCUUAAUGUUAACGAGAGAAAAGAAAACUGAAGAAACUGUUUAAACUGCAUAGUUCAGUUACUUUUUUACCAAACUUUUUACCAACUCUUAAUCCUCUCCCCCUCAACCAGUUCUACGGAGAGUUUGUAUUAAUGCCUAAAGCCCAUUGAAGGGAGUUACAAAACUUCACUUUAGAAUGUCUUCAAAAAGAAAUGAGCUUAUAACGUUUACUAAAGAUUUCUUUGCUGGUGGUGUAUCAGCUGUUGUUUCUAAAACAGUUGUGGCACCUAUUGAGCGGGUAAAAUUAAUUCUUCAAGUGCAAUAUGCUUCUCAACAAAUCACCACAAAUAAUCAGUACAAAGGUAUGGUUGAUGCUUUUGUCAGGAUUCCCAAAGAACAAGGUUUCCUCAGUUUUUGGAGAGGAAACUUAGUCAACUGUAUCAGGUAUUUUCCAACACAAGCUCUAAACUUUGCUUUUAAAGAUAAAUAUAGAGAUAUUUUUCUUAAGGGCGUCAAUAAAAAAACUCAGUUUUGGAGAUAUUUCAUGGGCAACCUUGGUGCUGGUGGUGCAGCUGGAGCUUCAUCUCUAAUAUUUGUGUAUCCAUUAGACUUUGCCAGAACUCGCAUGUCUGUUGAUGUAGGCAAAGCUGCAGCUGAUCGGGAUUUUAAAGGUUUGAAUGACUGCAUCGUAAAGAUCUUCAAAUCCGAUGGUUUGAUCGGCCUUUACAGAGGGUUUAAUGUGUCCAUUCAAUUUGUUAUUAUAUACAGGGCUUCCUAUUUUGGAUUAUUUGAUACAGCUAAAGAAAUGUUGUCAACGACAGGAAAACCAUCCUUUUUGCUUUCCUUCACCAUUGCUACGAUUGUUGCCACUUUUUCUGGUAUAAUUUGUUACCCUUUUGAUACCGUGAGAAGGCGUAUGAUGAUGCAAAGUGGCCGCAAUAAGGCUGAUUUUAUGUAUGCCGGUACAAUAGAUUGUUGGAAUAAGAUAGUUAAGCAAGAGGGUAUUGCUGGUCUUUUUAAAGGUGCUUACUCAAAUGUUAUUAGGGGUUUUGGUGCUGCUUUAGUACUUGUUUUGUAUGAUGAGAUAAGGAAAAAGAAACCUUUGUAUGCUUAACUCUAGGUGUACCUUCAUUGUUACUAUUUGUGCUACUGUUUUUUUUUUUUUCUCACAUUUGAUUAUUUUAUGGUUAUAAUUUCAUUUUGUAUUUUCUUGUAUUUCAUCUUAAUUUGUAAGUAGUAAAGUGCAAAUUAUAUAGAUAUAUAUUUUGAUAAAAUUUAUUAUUAUAAUCUUUCAAUACCUGUAUUAUAGUAUCAGUAAUUGUGAAAAGAAGUUUACAAAAAAUAGUGUUUUAUAUUUAACAAAACUAGUGUUCUAUAUCUACAUAUUUUACAAAAAUAGUUAAGCAUUUCUGAUCUCUUUUAAAAUUAAAUGCUGCAAACUUAAUUAAAUUUGAAAUAUAUUUAUUUUCUGUCAAAUUUAUUGGAGGUAUUUGGUUAAUUUUAAAAUUUGAUUAUUAGUGGAAAAUGUUUAAAUCAUUCUUAUAUUGUACUUUUGAAGAAUUAAUAUAUAAUAAUUGCUUUUUUAUUUUAUUAUUGUUAUUUUUUUACUAUACGGGUACAAUUGAAUGUUGGAAUAAUAUAGUUAUUGUUGUUGGUGUCCUUAAAGGUGCUUAUUCAAAUGUUAUUAGGGUUUUGGUUCUACUUUUGUACUAGUUUUGUUCGAUGAAAUAAGGUAAGAGUAACCUUGUAUACUUAAGAGAUUUUUUCAUGUUAGUAUUUUUGUAACUUUUUCUUUUACUAAUUCAGAUCAUUUAUACCUAGAGUUUCAUUUCGUUUUUCUGUAUUUCAUCUUCAUUUCAAAAUAAUUAAAUUCCUAUUAUAAGAUAUUCAUGCUUAUUCUAACAGAAUUUCGUUUCUUUUGAUGUAAUCUGAUAAGUAAACACUGUUUUUGACGAAUCAAAAUAUCUUUCAAUAUCUAUAUUAUAGCAUAAAUGUUAUAAAAAAAUAUAUUUUACAAAAAUUAGAGAUUCAUUUUAGUGAUCUCUCUCAAAAUUUAAUAGGGUGUACUUAAUUACAUUUGAAAUAUUCAUAUUUACUAUCAGGGGGUUGUCCCGGGUAUAUUUACUACCGUUUAGCGUUACCUUCACAAAUUCAAAUUUAGGAAAAACGGUAGUUUCACUAAAUACUUUUAAUAAAGCAAGUUCUCAUGCAAACCCUGUACUCGUUGCAAUCUAGGGAAAAGAGGAGCUUUUUUGGCCAGAUGUCUUUUACGAAAAGGUAGCACAUGUUUGGUCUGAUACUGCGAUAUGGUAAACCUAACCGGUCACUAUUCGAACAUUAUCUUAAACACUAUUUUAAAUUUAUUCUAACAGACCUUUAUUUUUACAUUUUUUUUUUCUCUGUGAAACUUUUUUCUGUAUGACCUAGUCGAAAAUGUUCUCAUAAUAAAAAAAACUUUUAGUGCUAGUAUUGUUAAAUGCAUGUUUUUAUAAAAUUCAAGUUGAAAUUUAACUAUAGUCAAUGAUUUUUAUGGAAUUUUAAAAUUGGAUGCAAUUUUAAGCCUACAGUUUUACAAUAGCAAAAUUAUCUUUUUUAUAUAUGGAAAAAAUAUACAGAAAUUUACCUGUCAUAAAUCAUUUUUAUUUAAAGUGAAAAUUUUUGAAAAUAUUUUCCUACUUGACAAUAGUUUUGUGUUGAGUUUUUAAUAUAAUUUUUACAAUUUACGUCUAAAUUUUCACAAAAUAGGUACCUCUCGAAAAAAACCAGACAGACUCCUGACUAUUCAAUUUGUGUGAAGUUCUCAUUGAUUUUAAAAUUUGUACUAUUUGUGGAAGCUGUAAAAAAAUAGCCAAAUUAUUAUUGAUGCUGUGAGGGGCUGCUUAAUUAAUUGUUGUAAUAAGUAUAUAACAUACUAAUAUAGGCUCUGUAAUAUUAUGUUUAAUGGUGAAAACCCAUCGAGUAAAUUUUUUCAGAUAUGAAAUUUUCCAUUCAGAAUGUUUUAUUUUUUCAAAUAUUUAAAGUUAACAUCAGUGGUGUUUGCUAGCUUAUAGCUCUAGUUCAUGUAAAAAGCCUCGAGCAACAGCCAUGUGUAAAAUAUUGAAUCAGUUAAUCUU